AUGCUUCCCACGACAAUUCGCACACCGCCUCAGACCGGCGAUUAUACGCCUCUUGCGGAAUAUCAAACUACAACACCAGAGACGUUCAUCGGUGGAACACCCGUUCUUCACUACCAUCUCCAAGGCGCAAAGGCAUGGAUUCCCAAGUCGCAAUGCGGUACCCUAGCUCUAUUCCCCGCGGAUACGAGUGAAAAGCCCAGUGGCCCCGAAGGCGAAAGCGUUAAUGGCGACGCAGAGGAGCUUGUGGAACAGACUAUAGAUGUUUUUGUCAACUCUGAGGCCUUGACUGUAUUCAGCAGCAAAGUUGGAGCUGGUGUCUCAAUUCCUUACCCCUCGAUAUCCAUUCACGCCAUCAAGCAAAUUGGCCCCGAAUCAGAUGCUCAGCGCACCCAGGCUGUGUGGAUGCAACUCGAGUUCUCCGACGGCGGCGCUGAGGACGACGACUUUAACACUGUGGACCUCACCAUCAUCCCUCCCAAAUCCGACUCUGAGCCCAGCGCUGCUAAGCAACUGUACGAGGCCAUGGCUACUUGCUCCGAUCUUCACCCUGAUCCCAACGACGGCGAGGAUGAUGAGGACGAAUACGACCGUAUUGUUUUCGAGGGUAGUGAGGAGCACCAAGCUAUUGAGGGCUUCACGGGUGUUAUGCACGGUGCCAGCGAUGGUGGUCUACCGCCUCCCAUGCCUGGCAGCGGCGGUUGGAUUACGGCUGAUAACGUGCAUGAGUUCUUUGAUGAGGAUGGAAACUUCAUCGGUGGUCAGGGUGCCGAGGAAGAAGAGGAGUUGGGUGAGGGCGCUGGAAGAGUUAGAGAUCGUGAUGAGGCUGAGGGAACUGGCUCAACUGAGAACCAAGCGGCCGAUGACCCUGAGAACAAGCGAGCGCGCGUGGAGUAA